AAGAAAAGCAGAACAAUUUGGCUCUACAACUAAGAGAAACAUGCUUAUCGUUACUUUCAAAUAAUUUAACAAGCCAUAAGGUUAUGAAGAAUUCAUGUUUGAGUUAUCUAUGCAGACAUGACUAACAUCUAAUUAUCUUGAAAUAAAAGGCUAUGAAGAAUCCGUGUGUGAGCUAUGCAGACAACAUAAUGCUUAGCUUCAAAUGUGGUGUGGCAUCUUUGGAAAAGCUCUCGUCCUUUUGUCUUUUUUCUGAUCAUCUCAUGGGAAUGCUCUGUUAUAGUGAUGUCGGUGAUGAAAUUCCACUCACACUUAGCCAAGCUAUCCAGAAUUCCAAAAUCGGGGUCAUCAUUUUCUCGAAAAAUUAUGCUUCAUCUACAUGGUGUCUGAAUGAACUGGUGGAAAUUCUUGAAUGCAAGAAAAGAAAUAAGCUGAGUGUCAUCAUUCCAAUCUUUUAUGAGAUAGAUCCAUCGGAUGUACGACAACAGAAGAGGAGUUAUGGAGUUGCAUUUGCUGAACUUGAAGAACGUUUUAAACACAGAGUGGAGAAGGUGCUUCAAUGGAGGGUUGCAUUGACAGAUGCGUCUAAUAUAACUGGAUUGAAUUCGACGAAAUCCAGGGGUGAGAAUGAGUUUGUUCAAAAAAUCGUCAAAAAUAUUUUAAAAACAUUGCUACAAUGUCAAUCAUCAUAUGAGCAAUAUUUCAAGGGAUUCAUUGGAAUUACAGAAAAAAUAAAGAAAAUUGAAUCGCUAUUAUCCAUUGGCUCAAAAGAUAUUCGCUUUAUUGGUAUUUGGGGCAUGGGAGGUAUCGGGAAGACUACCCUUGCUAAAAUUGUAUUUCAAAAAUUAUCAAACUCUCAAUCAUUCGAUCGUUGCUGUUUCCUUGAAGAUGUUAGAAAAAUACAUAAAGGAUCCGGUGGAUUAGAUCAUCUGACAAAGGAUGUUAUAUCUUGUUUAUUGAAUGAGAAAACUAUUCGAAAGAUGGAUACCCCCGUUGAAGCUUUUUCUCCUACUAUUUUUCAGAGACUUCGAUGUGUAAAGGCACUUAUUGUUUUGGAUGAUGUGGAUAGCUCAACCCAAUUAGAAGCUUUUGUUAAUGGAUGUUGUGUACUUGCUCCUGGAAGCAGAAUCAUUGUUACAACUAGAGAUGAGCAAGUGCUUAAGACAGCAACCGAUAGUAUUCACAAGGUUGAGAGGUUAAAUGACAUUGAAUCUCUUGAGCUCUUCCGAUUAUGUGCUUUUCGUGAAAACUCUUCAACAAUUGAUUAUGAAAUGGUGUUAGAGGCAACAAGAUAUGCUCAUGGGAACCCACUAGCCCUUAAGGUCUUGGGCUCUUCCCUUUGCCGUAGACCUAAAGAUGAAUGGGAAAAUGUAUUGAAGAAGCUGAAAAAUAAUCAAAAUUUGGAAAUUAAAGAAGUGUUGAAAAUCAGUUACGAUGGGCUGGAUAAUGGAAGCAAGGAUAUGUUUCUGGACAUUGCUUUCUUAUUUAAUUCAUCUUUUACAAGAGACCAUGCAAAAAGCAUCUUAGGUGAUGCUGUGGAAAUGGAAAUAACUCUUCUCAUUGAGAAGUGUUUAAUUGAAGAUGAUGAAGGUAACGAGCUACAGAUGCAUGAUUUGCUGAGAUGGGUCGGGAAAUUGUACGUGAUGAAGAUAAAGAACCUGGUAAACGCAGUAGGUUGUGCGAUGCCUAUGGAAGUUUGUGAUGAAUUUGAAAAUUGUACAGGAACCGCAGCAGUUGAAGUCAUAUCAUUGGACAUGUUUGAAAUUGAAAAAAAUGUGAUAGUGCAUCCUGGAGCCUUCUCAAACAUGCGCAACCUACGACUUCUCAGAGUUUAUUAUGGUCAUUAUUAUACUGAUAGAAAUGAGUGGAUCCUCAAGUUCAAACUGUCCAUUCCUCUAGCUCUUCACUCUUAUCUUUCUACUAAGUUAAGGUUUUUACAAUGGGACUCAUACCCUUCGAAAUCGUUGCCAUCACAAUUUAAUCCUGAGAAUCUUGUUGGACUUCUACUGCGUGGCAGCCAUGUUGAAAAGCUUUGGAAUACUCGUAAAGUUGUGUAUCUUCCGGUGUUAAGAAGGAUGGAUCUUAGUUUUUCCAAGUUCCUUACUCAAGUACCAGAUCUGACACAGGCUCCUAAUCUGGAAAAGAUAAAUCUUGAAGGCUGUACAAGCUUGGUUCAGUUUCGUUCAUCUCUUCAAAAUAUUGACGAGCUUACUUGUCUAAAUUUGAAUGGCUGCUCCAAACUUAGAUAUGGUGAAGGGAUGUUACGGAGUACAGAGGAAUUAUCUGAAAGUUGGAUCCUAAAGUUAAUAAGCAAUGUAUGGCCCUACCCAUCUCAGGCACACAUUUCUCAAAAGUUUGCACCCAAUUUAAGAUGUUUAGUUUUACGUGAGACAGCUAUAGAAACAGUGCCCCCAUCAAUUUGGUAUCUGUCGGCUCUUGUUGAAUUAGAUUUGGGGUUUUGCAAAAGACUUAAAAGUCUUCCAACAAGCAUUUGUCAUUUGAAAUCUCUUGAAUCAUUAUAUCUAAAAGGUUGUGAGAAACUGAAAAAGCUGCCAGAAAUCUUGGAGCCUAUGGUACGGUUAAAGCAACUUUAUUUAAGUGAGAGUGGGAUUAAAGAGUUGCCAGAGUCGACUGAAAAUCUAGUAUCCCUUAAAAUUUUAUGUAUGAAUGAAUGCCAGUACCUUGAGUUUCUCCCCAACAGUCUAGGUAAAUUAAAGAACCUUAGCCUGAUGUCGCUCUACUACUGUUCAAAAAUUCAAGAAUUGCCUCCCAUUUCACCAUCUUUGAACACCUUGUGUGUGAGUUAUUGUCAUAGAUUGAAAUCUUUGCCAGAGAUUCCAUCUCAAUUUUUAAGAUCUUUACCAAAGAUUCCAACUCGACUUUUAAGUGUUUGUGAACGUGGCUGUACAUCAUGGUCUGAUUACUUUACAUUUUACGGUUGUGAAAAACUGGAUCAGAACACACGCAACAUGCUUGCUGAUCAGGCACUAUUUCAUAUUUUGUCUCGUCUGAAUGGAUUCUCUGCCAGUGGUUGUCGUUCAGAUUAUUUUUGCUAUCCAGGAGAUGAAAUUCUAGAGUGGUUCGACCAUCAAACUUGUGGGAAUUCAAUCAGUAAUAUUGUAUCUCCUUCAAAUUGGAAUGAUCCCGAAUUCUUGUCUUUAGCUUUCUGCAUUGUUCUUCAUCAGAAUACAAUUGUCUUGGGUACAGAUUUUAAAGUCAAAUGGAAAUUCAAUUCCCAAACCAUCCCUUUUUGGAAUUCGUUUCCAAAUCUUUGGCCCAACAAAGUUAGGGAUAGGGAGAGUUCAGAUCACGUGUUCAUGGCGCAUGUAACAAAAUCGGUUUUGCGACAGAAAAUGGAUGAUCUAAAAUGGCCAAAUACUUGUUGCACUGACGUCUCUUUCCAUGCCUAUUUGGGUCCAAAUGAGUCUCGCGAGAUUAAGAAGUUUGGGGUUCAGUUUAUAUACAGACAAGACUUAGAGAGGUUAUAUGAAAAAACUGAAAGACAGAAUAAGAGACGCUUCAAUGAAUGUUGUGAAUCAAGUGGAAGUGAAGCUGUUGAUUCUCUUGAGGAAGAAGACGAUUAUAAACGACAUUUCAAGAUAUACAAAAAUAUGGGAGGGCUUAUAAGGCUUUGAAGAAUAUGUGUGUGAGCUGUGCAGACACCACGGCACGUAGCUUCAAAUGAAUGGUUCUGGCAUUAGUCUAUAAAAUACAUGAAGUGUGAAGUCUUGACAUGUUCUUGAUUUUAAUUACAAUAUUGGCAUGCUCACUUUAACUUUAAGCAGUGUAUCUGUCCGAAGUCACUAAUAUGUACGAACACUCGCAAGUAUUUUCUCUAUAAAGUCUGUACUGAUUUAAGCUAAUAUGCUUUGACAGUGAAUUAAAUCUAGAAAAAAUGACACUUUUAUAUAUAUAGUGUGACA